AUGCCUCCUUAUGAAGCUUUGUAUGGGAGAAAAUGCAGAACGCCUCUUUGUUGGAACGAGGUUGGUGAAAAAAAAUUGGUGGGUCCUGAGAUUGUUCAACAAACUGAAGAUAAGGUAAAAAUCAUCAAAGAUCGCUUAAAAAUUGCCUCAGACAGACAAAAGUCUUAUGCUGAUCUUAAGAGGCGUGAAAUUGAGUAUAAAGCGAUGCUUGAGAGAGUUAGCCCAGCUGCUUAUAAACUAGCUCUUCCACCAGAGUUAGACAAGAUCCAUAACGUCUUCCAUGUUUCUAUGCUUAGAAGAUACCGCUCAGAUCCAUCUCAUGUUCUUCCUAUUGAAUCUAUUGAGGUCAAUCCUGAUUUGACAUAUGGAGAAGAAACAUUCCAAAUCUUAGCGCGUGAGUUAAAGGAGCUUAGAAAUAAGAUCAUCCCCUUAGUGAAAGUUCUUUGGAAAAUUUAUUCUGGCGAAGAAGCUACCUGGGAGCGAGAAGAGGAUAUGCGAGUUCAAUAUCCACAUUUGUUUAGGGACUAG